AUGUCCCGAGCUUUGGGCGUUGCACGUCAGCCCAACAUCGGACAGGGCAUGCAUCAGCACACCCCCGAAAUGUCGUUCCUGUCAGCUGAUCCCGCCCGUGUCCACAACGUCCUGCCCAGCCCGUCUCACUCGGUCCACCGUUCUCCUGGAUGGGUGGAUCUCGGCGCCGGCCCAGACGGCGCUGGCACCACACAACCCAGUGCCAACCCUCCCGGCCAAGUCUCUUCCUCAGCAUCGGAUCUAAACAAUGCACCCCACUCCGGCCCCGCCCCUCCGCCUGCCGAGUCCAUCGUCAAGGUGACCAGGGGCCACUCGUGUGUUCUCUGCCAGAAGCGAAAGGUGAGGUGCGACAAGACCAAGCCUUGUUCGAAUUGCGUCAAGGCAGGCGUCGAGUGCCACGUGGAGCCACCUCUGCCCCCAAAUAGGUCUCGGGGGGCCAAGAAAACGCUCCAACGUGAUCUCAUCAAUAGACUCAAACGCUACGAGUCGUUGCUGGCUCAGCAUGGAGUCGCCUUUGAUGCCAUGGCUAAAGACCUUAGGCCCUCAAGCAUCGUCGCAGGCGAUGAUGUGGAUGAGCUGGAGAAAAACUUGGGGAGCCUCAAAACGUCACCGCGUGAAAACACUCUCCUAUCGGAUGAUUUGGACCCUGCAUCGCAUCACAGAGACUAUGCUCAAGAGUUGCUGGACGAGAGCUCUGAAGAUGAUGAACACGAAGGUCACACUAUUCAUCAUGCCUUUGAUAAGAUGUUUAAUAACCAUGACGGCUUUCCCUUCGUCAUUGGCGGCGAGCGCGUAGUAGCAAACUUAGCCCGCAAACAUCCCGAGCCAAUGCAGAUGCUCGGCUUAUGGCAGAUAUACCUAGACAACAUCAAUCCGUUGCUCAAGAUCACACAUUUCUUGAGCUUACAAAGCCAGAUAAUCGAAGCCGGCAAAGAUCUCGCCAAGAUAUCCAAGCCAUUUGAAGCGCUACUCUUUAGCAUCUACCUCAUUGCGGUUACUUCGAUGCAGGACGAUGAGGUCCAGAUUACUUUCGGUGCCGAGAAAGGAGUCCUGGUCAGCAGGUAUCAUGCCGCAACGCAGCAGGCUCUCAUCAACGCCGGAUUCAUGAGGAGUCCGGACAUUAUGGUUCUGCAAGCUUACAUCUUAUACCUGCUCAGCGUGCGGCAGUACGUGGAUCCCAGGUCGCUGUACUGUCUUAUCGGGAUAGCUGUGCGCAUGGCCCAGCGUCUUGGGAUUCACCGUGACGGUGCGCAGUUUGGGCUGCCUCCUUUUGAGAGCGAAAUGCGACGGAGGCUGUGGUGGGUGCUACUUAUAUUUGACCGCCGCAUAGCCCAGAUCACCGGCUCGACGGUGACAGCUCUCACAUCGAGCAAUUCUGAUUGCAACUGGCCACUCAACAUCAACGACGGUGACCUGCACGUUCACGCCAAGGAUUCGCCCCCUACGCAUUCUGGACCAACCGAAGUGUUUUUCCUAUUAACGCGCAUCGAGUUGGUCAUGGCGGCGCCGGCUGGUGGUCAAGGUCCAGCCUAUACAACCGUCAGCUCGGGCAGCUCACCCAAAACUCCGCAGUCAACCGGUGGCUCAAGACCCAGAUUCCAGUUCUCGCCAUCUCCAUCUGUCCCGGAUGUUGUCUCAAACGCCGCAAGUCUCAAUCUCCCUAUCCACGAUCUUGACGGAUUUUGCCGGUACAUGGAUGAGACAUACCUAAGGCAAUGUGAUCGCAAAAUCCCACUACACCUCUUCACCUAUCUCUUCACGAAGCAAGCUCUUUGCCUACUCCGCGUUAUCUCCUACUUGCGCCGUACAGCUGCCGGCCUGGCUGGGGAUCUCACGGAGCGAAAUGCUCUCUUCGCCGAGGCCAUUCGUAUCGUCGAUUAUGACAAUGCCAUAUAUGCGGCAGGCGAGCUUAAAGGUUUCCUUUGGUAUUCCCAUAUGUAUUUCCCACUGCCAGGGUACAUGUUACUAGCUCAUGAGCUCAAAGUGCGCCGCACCGGUGACAUGGUCGAGAGAGCCUGGGACUCGAUUGUCGAAAAUCACAGCCGCCGCGGUCUCAUGCGCAACCUGAAAAGCCCUGUCCAUGUCGCCCUUGGCCAUGUUUUCGUCAAGGCUUGGGAUGGCCGUAUGGCGGCCGAGGCUCGACGUGGAAAAACUCUUUCCACACCAGAAUUUAUACACAUGUUGCGGCAGACACUGGGUAAAUUGACCGGCAAGCCCCCUCCAGCAGAACCAAAACUUGAGAAUUUGCGGCCUUCCGCGGCAAACAUUGGCCAACGGCAACUCCAUGGAUCUGUUCAACAUGACCCUCAAGCUCGUCUCAACUUUGCAGAACCAUCUAUCCAACAGAACACAUUCCAACAGCAUGAGCACCCACACCACCAACAACAACAAACACAUCCAUUACAAUUUGUCCCGCCCAUGACCUCUUCAGAAGACGCUGCAGGAGUCAGUGCCGCAGUAUCCUUGGAUGAUCCUGGAAUUUAUAGCGGAUUUGAUGACAUGAACCAAUUCCAUGACAGCCAACAGUCAGACGACCAAAUGGAUUUCACUCCAAUGGAUAUGGAUUGGAUCAGUAUGAUGCCUGAAAUUGCGAACUUCAUGAUGCCACCCGCAAACGGCAUGUAUCAUCCAAUGGUUGGCGGUAUGGGUAUAGGCGGUGGAGGGGGAGCAUACGGGGCGCCCAUGUUCCAACACCCAACAACCCAGGCCGGAAAUCCAAUGCCGACCCAGCCCCAUGAGCAACAUCAUCACCAUCACCAGCAACAGCAGAUGCCACCCUUGGGUGUCCAAGCACUCGCGCCUCACCCUCAUCAAGCGCAUCUUUCUCAACCGCAACAUCAUCACCAGUACCAGGCUCAUCCACCACCACAGCACCCGUCAGGGCUACGAAUGCAUCCUAGUGGCCAAUGA